AUGGUUUUUUCGAGAUACUUUGCCGGUUGUACAUCAAGUCCGCAAUUCAAAUUUGCUUUCCGUGUGGUCUUUGUUAUCUCGUAUUUGUAUAGAAGUGUUAACUGGCCUAGAAUUAUGUUCGUGCGCCGGAGUAAAUUUAAACAUGUCUUCGGGAAACCAUGCAAGAAAGAAUGCUGUUAUGAAGACAUUCGAAUAACAAAAAGUAGUUGGGAUGCCCGUUUUUGUGCUGUGAACCCUAAAUACCUUGCGAUUAUUACCGAAGCUGCGGGGGGUGGAUCAUUUCUUGUUUUACCUAUUGAAAAGGUUGGUCGGGUAGAACGUGAUGCUCCUCUCGUUGCUGGACAUACGGGAAGUGUAUUAGAUAUACAAUGGUGCCCACACAAUGAUGAUCUUAUUGCCAGUGGUUCAGAGGACUGUACUGUGAAAGUUUGGCAAAUCCCAGAAGGUGGACUGUUACCCAAAACAAAUCUGACUACACCCGUAGCAGAUUUGGUAUGUCACCAGCGCCGCGUUGGUUUGGUUGUCUGGCACCCAACAGCUGAACAUGUAUUAUUAUCUGCAGGUGCUGAUAAUAAGGUGUAUAUAUGGAAUGUUUCUACAGAAGAGCCAUUGGUUGAAAUGAAAUUCCCAGAUAUUGUUUUAUCUGCUUGUUUCAAUUAUAAUGGUUCUCGUUUGGUUACAACUUGUAAAGAUCGGCGUACAAGAGUGGUUAACCCACGUGAUGGAAAAGUUAUUGUUGAAGGUAUUUGUCAUCAAGGCACCAAACCACAAGAAGCUAUUUACAUUAAAGACGAUCGAAUUUUUACUACUGGUUUUUCACCAAUGAGCGAACGCCAAUUUGCUUUAUGGAAUAAAGACGACUUUAGCGAACCUUUACACAUUCAAGAACUGGAUACAAGUAAUGGUGUAAUGUUUCCUUUCUAUGAUUCAGAUACCAAUUUGGUAUAUCUUUGUGGAAAAGGUGAUAGUACAAUCAGAUAUUUCGAAAUUACCGAUGAUCAACCAUAUGUACAUUAUAUCAAUAUGCUUACUAGUUCUGAUCCACAACGAGGAAUGGGUUGGAUGCCAAAACGAGGAUUAGAUGUUAAUCAAAAUGAAAUUGCUAGAUUUUAUAAAUUACAUGCGAAAGGUUUAUGUGAAGUUAUUCCGUUCACUGUACCUCGGAAAUCAGAACUGUUCCAAGAUGACCUUUAUCCAGAUACAAUUGGUGAUAUGCCUUCAUUGACAGCUGAUGAAUGGAUGUCCGGUAAAGAUGCAGAUCCUAUUUUAAUAUCUCUAAAGGAGGGUUAUGUUCCAAAAUCGAAACCGAAAAAACGUAUUGGGAAGUUAAUCGCAUCCACUCCAGAAGCAGAUAAAGAAGAACAAGAUUCAAAUUUGACAGUUCCACAAACUAAAGUAACAUCGCAUCAAAAUCGACAACCUGGCUCUAAAUCACCAAAUCCUGAAAAUCCUCCCAAAUCUGAUCAUCUAGAUGCAAAUCGACAACGAUUAACUAAGAGUACCCCACCUAAAGAUACUCCAUCUUCUGAACCAGUGGUGGGAAUUCAUUAAAAUUCUACGAAUAGUAAACAUAGUGUUAUUUUACAAACAUUAACAAAUGGUAUUUCAACCGGUGCUUGUCAUGCAAAUCACACCGGUAUUCAUCAUCUCAUGGAAGAUAUUCGCAAAAUGAAGAUAAUUAUUAAAGGUCAUGAAAGGCGUAUACAAAAUCUAGAAGAACGUCUAGACUUGACUGAUAGUGGUGGAGAUUGUGUAUCUUCCAUGUCUGUCAGUUCAAUUAAAUAACUGUACACUUACAUCAUUCGUAAGGCCUACAACAAUACCCCCCUUUCAUCCUUAUUAUUAUCUGUUAUGUGCUACCAGUACGUUUACUAAACACUGUGUAGAUCAUGUCAUAUUUUUUGAAUUGAACAGAAUAACAUUGACAAUUAACCUCCCCAUGAUCUAUCGAUUGCAUGUAUUAUUCUGUAAGCUUUUUUAAUUUGUAAUAAACAUCAGAAAAAAUCUGUCUUCCAUUCACUGUGAACAAAAUUAAGCAUAUGAGCUCAUUUCUUUAUCUCUAUGAUCAGCUCUUUUCAGUCGUACUCUGUCCCCCCCUUUAUUUAUCUGUAUGUAUGUGUGAAUCAAUUGAUAAUUGAUUAGCUGUUCAAAUAAACAAUACUUUUUAGCAUUUAUUAACAAAACAAUAUAUAUACUCUUUGGCAGUUUGCCUUCUUUCUUGUUUUUUCUCUAAGGCAUAAUGUGUGGUUUUAAUAGUUUACAAAUUUACAUUUUUGCUAAUUAGUUUACUUUAAUACAACAAACGCAUAUACGUAGUCUUUGCAUUAUAUCUUUAUAUGCCUUUACAAUUCACUAAAAAUGUGCCACAACCAUAUAUGUAUAUAUGGGCUGUGUUUGCAUGUUAACCUGUGUUUACUUAUUCAAUGUGUGUGUGUGUAGAAAAAAAUUAUAAAGUUGAUGUAUCGCACCAGAGUGCCCAUAAAUUCUCUUUUCUUUACUACACAUACACACAUUGUUAAUGAUUUCGAUGUCUCUUUCCGUUUCUUCGUUUUGACACCGUUUUCCAGCAAAUGAUGAGAUGUUUCUCUUCAGAUUUUUUUAUUAAUUUCGGUUCGAAAAUCUUCGGUUGUUUUACACAUGUAUGUGUGCUGAUUGUUCAUCUACCGUUUGGUCUUAUCAAAAAGCAUAUUCUUCACACUGUUAACACACGAAUAUAAUGAUAACAGUGAUGACAACAGUAAUAUAUAUAUAUAUAUAUUCACUUUCUUGUGUGUGUUACUUGCAUGACAUCUUUUUAUUCUAUCAGUCUAUCUUCCUCAUUGUUUUCUUGUAGUUUAGAUGUUUAUAUUUCCUGAGUCACUAGAUCGUCUUAGACUAUUCAUACUGAAUUCUAUGUAGAUUUUUUUAAAAGUUCUAUUUAACUGUAUUUCUAUAAUUGUUUACAAACUUUACAGCUUCUUUACCUCAGUUUAUUCGUCUUGAUAUUAUAUACGUGAAUAUGUGUCCAUUCUGUCUUUACUUUUUAAUCAUUGUCUGUGGGAUUUCAUUUUUUCGAGGAAAUAAAACUGAUUAUCUAAUGGAAUUUUGAUGACUCAGAAUUCAGAAAUGUUCUCAUUGAAUUAAUGCCUUUAGUUAAUGUUAUUUGUUGUUCAUUUAGGCGUUAUCGUUUAUACUGUUACUGUUGCUAUUUCAUUAUUUUCAAGGUGGAGAAUAAUAAGUAUCCUGAAAUGG